GCUGCAAUAGGUACUUUGGAUGGUAUUAUUGAUACAGCCCCUGAACCUCACCCUAUCAUGCCAUUGAUCAAAAUACUGAAGUCUCAUGGGAAACUUAUUAUGGUCUGUGAACCUGAGAAGCCAGCUGAGAUGCAUACCAUUCCUGUGCUUCUUC